CGCGGGCCGCCGGAAGCGAGCGUGUGAGGAGGAGGAGGCGGAGGCCGUCCGGUUGCGCUCCGGCCUCGCCCGGCGGGGCCUGCCUGCGGUCUCAGCCGCUCCCGGUGGCCGCCGCGAUGGAGGCCGUGCCGCGCAUGCCCAUGAUCUGGCUGGACCUCAAGGAGGCCGGAGAGUUCGGCUUCCACCAGGCCGUCAAGAAGUUUGUCCUGAAGAACUAUGGUGAGAAUCCCGAGAAUUACAACGAAGAGCUGAAGAAGCUGGAGCAGCUCAGGCAGAACGCUGUCAAUGUGCCAAGGGACUUUGAAGGCUGCAGCAUCUUGCGGAAAUACUUUGGCCAACUUCACUACCUGCAGAGCCGCAUCCCCAUGGGGGCAGAGCACGAGGCGGCCGUCCCCAUCACCUGGACUGAGAUCUUCUCUGGCAAGGCUGUCUGUCACGAAGAUAUCAAGUACGAGCAGGCCUGCAUCCUGUACAAUCUGGGUGCCCUGCACUCCAUGCUGGGGGCUAUGGACAAGCGGGUGUCAGAGGAGGGCAUGAAGGUCUCCUGCACACACUUCCAGUGCGCCGCCGGUGCAUUCACAUACCUGCGGGACCACUUCCCCCAUUCCUACAGCGUCGAUAUGAGCCACCAGAUCCUCAACCUCAACAUCAACCUCAUGCUGGGCCAAGCUCAGGAAUGCCUCCUGGAGAAGUCAAUGCUGGACAACCGCAAGAGCUUCCUGGUGGCCAGGAUCAGUGCCCAGGUGGUGGAUUACUACAAAGAAGCUUGCCGUGCCUUGGAGAACUCUGAGACCGCCUCCCUCCUGGGGAAGAUCCAGAAGGACUGGAAGAAGCUGGUGCAGAUGAAAAUCUACUACUUCGCUGCUGUAGCCCAUCUGCACAUGGGGAAGCAGGCGGAGGAGCAGCAGAAGUAUGGGGAGAGGGUUGUCUACUUCCAGAGUGCUUUGGAUAAGCUCAAUGAAGCCAUCAAACUGGCAAAGGGUCAGCCUGAAACUGUGCAGGAGGCUCUGAGGUUCACCAUGGACGUGAUUGGAGGAAAGUUCAACUCUGCCAAGAAGGACAAUGACUUCAUCUACCAUGAAGCGGUCCCCGCUUUGGAUACCUUGCAGUCAGUGAAAGGUGCUCCUCUGGUGAAGGCCCUUCCCGUCAACCCCACAGACGCAGCCCCGGUGACAGGCCCGGAUAUUUUUGCCAAGCUGGUCCCGAUGGCCGCCCACGAGGCCUCUUCACUGUACAGCGAAGAAAAGGCCAAGCUGCUGAGAGAAGUGAUGGCCAAGAUUGACGCCAAGAAUGAAGUGCUGGAGCAAUUCCAUGGACUCCCCUGCAGCUGGAUCCCCGAGAUGGUGGACAAUCCUGGACAUGUACAACCCACAUCCCAACCCGCCUUUGAUGAGAGAAGUGUCGGCCUUGAGCGCGCCUCCUCGAGACCGGUGAAGAACUCUACUGUCCAGGUCUCAUGCAGGCAGCUGUGGCUGCCUCUCUGGACCCUUGAUCUGGGGGCCUGCAUCCUUUUUGAGAUGUGUAUGCUACUGGUAGAACUGAACACAAGUACUCCAAUGCUGUCUGGCGUCUUCACAGAUGUGGAAGCAUCCCUGAGAGAGAUCAAAGACCUCCUGGAUGCCGAUGAGGCGCAGGAGCAGAAGCUUCAGGAGGCCGUGGGGAAGCUGCCCGCCCAGCAGGGCUCUCCUCCCCCCAAGUCCUCCUCUGCUCUGGCGGACCGCUGGGCCAAGAGAGUGGCCAGCUUCACCAACGCCUCGAAGCUGCACACAAGGCUACAUGAACCUCCCAUGAUCAGCCGCAACUCCUGCGUGCUGCUCAGCGGGCCCCUGGAGCAAGUAAGGGCUGCCCUGCCUACGCCCAGCCUGACCGAAGAGGACAAGCAGGUGAUGCAGACCCUAAAGCGGAUCCUGGCCAAAGUGCAGGAAAUGAAGGACCAGCGAGUGUCCCUGGAGCAGCAGCUGCGCGAGAUGAUCCAGAAGGAUGACAUCACCACCUCUCUGGUGACCACGGACAGAUCGGAGAUGAAGAAACUUUUUGAAGAGCAGCAGCUGAAGAAGUACCUACUCAGCCGGAUCAAGGUGUACUUUGAGCAGAACCCUGUCAGCUUGGGCAAGAGAACAUCCUCAAAAGCCUUGACGGAGCGCUUGAAUGUCUUAGAGUAUGGCGCCGGGGGUCUUGCGGAAAUGAUCCUGGCCGAGGUGGGUUACAAGUGGAACACCACCUUGCAGACUUUGGUGGCUUCCUACGAGGCUUACGAGGACCUGAUGAAGAAGUCCCAGGAGGGCAAAGACUUCUACGCCGACUUGGAAGGCAAAGUGGCCAAACUUCUGGAGAAAGGCCAGGCUGGCUGCAAGGAGGCCGAAGUCACACGGCAGCAGGUCUUGGAGCGGGAGAUGAAGAAGAGGCCCCCGCCCAGACCCACCACCGCCAAGCCCGCUCUGCAGCCGAAGGCCCCCGAGUUGGAGCUGGCUGACCCCCUUCCGCUCAGCUCCCUCUCCCUGGCCGACCUGCCCGAGGAGCUGAGGAGUCUGCCUCCCGAGGUGCUGGCUGCUCACCUAGCCCAGCUGCCUGCUGAUGCCCAGGCCGCUCUUGGGAUAGCCCCCAGCGGGGGUCUGCGAGCCCCCGGCCCGGCGGGGCUGAAGGUGGGCAGAAGAGCUGCGAGUGCUCCUCUCCAGCCCGUGCUGGUGGGCCAGCCUGGAGUCCCCUACCCCCCGGGUCAGUUCCUUGCCCCAGGCCCCCUGCCCAGGCACUAUCAGCCGCCUAGAGGGGCAGCCUCCACUGCUGGGAUCCCGGCCAGCUCCGGCCAGGGGCCUUUUCUGGGGGUCUUGGGACCCCCCAGCCCGCCCCUCCUCCGGCAGAUGCAGCCUUUCACCACUCCCGCUAAGCCAGCCAUGCCCCCCUCCCCUCAGCGCCUCUGCCUGGGCUCCCUGUAUGCUUCCUUCCUGGGGCUCAUCUGCAGGGCCUCCGCUCUUGGCCUCCAUGCCACUCAGCUUAUCCUCUUGGGCUCCCCUAUAGCUGCCUCCCCCACGGUCCUCCCUCUCAAGAACAUAUCCUCUCCAUGCCCCCUUUCUCCGCACACGGGGCCUGUUUAUUGCGUGGGCCAGCCAGCUCCUGCCGGUGGGGGGCUGCCAGCAGGCCACCCCCCUCCACUGACUGUACGGCCGCCACCCACGGCUCACCCCCCCUUUGGAGUCAGCAGCUUCCCCUCCCCCGUCCAGACCAUUCGGCCGGCCACCACCACCGUGGACAGCAUCCAGGCCCCCAUCUCCAGCUGCUCGGCCCCCCGGGGCCACGCCAGCCCUCUCCCGCCCUGGGCGGGGCCCCUCCCGCAGGGUGGCUUAGUGGGGCCGCCGGGCCCCGGCCUCCAGUUCCCCUGUGCCCCGGCCGGGGGCCCUCCCCACAUGCAGCAGGUUCUUCCCCCUUUCUCGGCCGCUCAGCCCCCCCAGGGCUUCCCCACUCAUGGGCCACUCCAUCCCCCCCAGGAGAGGCAAGUCCGGCCCCAGCCCCUUGCCGGGCAGCCCGCCCCCCACCACGCCCCACAGCUGCCUCCCCGGUUCCUGCCCCAGGGCCGCCUCCUCCCGCAGCCCCCCUUCCAAGCUCCGUUCGCGCCCCAGGUCUCAGGCCCACAGCCGGUUCUCAGCCAGGGCCCUGCUCAUCCUCCCAGCCAGGGGCCUUUCCCAGGCCAGCCGGGACCCCCGCCCUACCAGCUUCCCCCCCAGGACAAUCUGCCUGCACUGGGCCUGCCGCCCCACUCGGGGGCCCUGGCCUUCCCUAGCCCCGUGGCCAGGGGGCUGAACCUCUCAGCUGGAGUGAUGCCCCAUCAUCAGUCACUUCCCCAGCCGCUUCGUCCAGCUCCUUUCCCUCCAAGCCUCACAUGCUGCUCCGGAAGUCGCUUCUCUUGUUUCCUCUGCCCCCUCGCCUACAGGACCCCCCCAGGUGGCUCCUGCCACGCACUCUCAGGGCUCCUCCCGUGCUCCCAUGGUGCUGGACUCAAGCUUCCUCAGCCCCCGGGCCUCAGCCAGGUCAGUCCAGGUCUCCUCAUAUCUCACAUUCCACCUGCACCCAGCCCCGCUGGGCCCCAGAUGCCGGGAGGGGUGGUGGUGCAGGGGGUGGCCCUCCCCUCUCCGGCCCCCUCUCCCCAGCCCUCCAUGGCCAUCCCGCCCCCCUCCCUCCUGCCCUCCUGCUCCUGCCCUCCUGCCUCUGCCCCCCUGCGCUGGCUCACCUCCCCACAGCGCUGCCCUGCUCGGGUCGCCAUGGCUCCGGGAGCUGCGCCGCUCCUGCAGGGCCUCUCCCCCGAAGCCCAGUUCCAUCGACAGAACUCCUCCACCGACGACCUGCUGUCCUCCAGCCCCGAGAGCCAGCUGGGGUGCGCCAAGGCCUCCGUCAGCCAGCCGCUGCUGCAGCCCACCAAGGCCAGCGCCAAGGACGGCCUGAAGCCCAAGGCGGUGCAGCUGAUCGAGAACGACCCCUACGAGAAGCCCGAGCACAUCCGGAGGCUCCUGGUGGAGCUGGAGCGUUUCCGGGACACGGUGGCCGGCCUGGAGAAGCCCACCUCUGCAGGGGGCGCCAGUGAGCUGGACGGCAUCUGGAAGGAGCUGCAGGAGGCCCAGGAGAAGGACGCCCGGCAGCUGUCCAUCGCCAUCGCCCGCUGCUACUCCAUGAAGAACCGCCACCAGGACAUCAUGCCCUACGACAAGAACCGCAUCGUCUUGCAGUCGGGCAAGGACGACUACAUCAACGCCAGCCGGAUCGGGAGGGACCUUCUCCCUCCUACUCUGCCCCCCACUCAUCAUCGGCCAUCGCAGGCUCCUCAAGCAGGGCAAUCAUCACUCCCCGACUUCUGGCUCAUGAUCUACGAGCAGAAGGUCUCCGUGGUCGUCAUGCUGGUCUCUGAACAGGAGAUCGAGAAGCAAAAGGUGGUCCGCUACUUCCCCACGGAGCGUGGCCAGCCAAUGGUGCACGGCUCCAUCACCCUGGCCCUGACCAGCCUGAAGGCCACCCCCACCCACGUGGAGCGGAUGAUCACCCUCCAGUUCCGGGACCAGAGUCUGAAGCGCACCGUCAUCCACCUGCAGUUCUCCUCCUGGCCGGAGCUGGGCCUCCCGGACAGCAAAGGGGAUCUUCUGCGCUUCAUCCAGGAAGUACAUAGUCAUUACCUGCACCAGCGGCCUCUUCAUACCCCCAUCGUUGUCCACUGCAGCUCCGGCGUGGGCCGCACGGGGGCCUUCUGCCUCCUCUAUGCAGCCAUGCAGGAAGUAGAGGCUGGGAACAGCAUCCCAGACUUGGCUCAGCUGGUAAAGAGGAUCCGCCGGCAGAGGAAGCACAUGCUGCAAGAGAAGCUCCACCUCAAGUUUUGCUACGAAUCGGUCCUCAAACAUGCCAAGCAGGUGCUGCAGAGACACGGGGUCACCGCGCCAUCCGCCGGCAAGCCUGCCAGCAGCCCGUCUCAGAAGCCAUACGUCCACCAAGACCCGCAGGACCUGGUGCUGGGGGGAGACAUGCCCAUCAGCUCCAUCCAGGCCACCAUCGCGAAACUGAGCAUCCGGCCUCCCUCGGGGGGCUCGGAACCCUCUGCCAACGGGCAGCCGUCAGAUUCCCCCCCAGCCCCCGCAACGGAGAACACCACCACGCUCCAGCCGCCCCCUGUGGCUCUGCCUUAUCCUGCGUUUGCUGACUAUGGCCGUUCCGGCAGCCUCGAACUGGCCUCGCCCCUCUCCCCACCUGCCGCGUCUGCAGCCAGACCUGAGCCAGCCGAGCUUUCUGCUACCAUGGAAAACAGCAACCACGUGGAGGACGAGGGGGAAGAGGACGGGGAGAGCGCGAAGCCACUUCCUGGCCUGGAACCCGUGGCCGCUCCGGUGGUGGCCCCUUCAACCUCCUCGCUGGAGCUCCUGGCCUCCCUGACCCCGGAGGCCUUCACGCUGGACAGCUCCCUCAAGGGCCGGCACAAGAUGAGCAAGCAGAGCUUCCUCCAGCCCCAGAACGGGGAGGGUCUGCGGGGGACCAGGCCCAGCGACGACCCCCUCAGCAUGCUGGACCCGCUCUGGACACUCAACAAGACAUGAGGGCGGGGUGUGGGGAGGCUGCCGUCCUGCCCGGUGCCUGCAGCCCCAGAGAUCUCGGGGCCAGAGCCACCCAGUCGAUCACCUUUUGGGCCUACUGCUGCCGCCUCACUUCCAAGAGCCCAGGAGCCUCUGCUGCGGCUGGAGCCAGUCAGCUGUCCCGUCCCAUCUCGCUUUCCCUCAUCAAGAUUUUUGGGCUGGCUGUUUCUGUAUCCACCCCCCCCCCCCCCCCCACACACACGGUUAAUGUCUGGGCAGAAGGGGUAAGCAAUAAAGGAACGGGAGGGGCGGCUUCAGAGCUAUUCAGAAUAGGGGCGGGGGAGGGCCGCCAAGCCAGUGAGCCUGCUUCUUAUUCAGCUGUUUGGGACAGCUUAUGUGCCCCCCCCCCCGCCUCCCUCCUGUCCCUGGUCCCUUUGUGUCCCAGAAGGGGGCACAGGCAGCUCUGGGCUGGUGUGAUCCCCUGAGGGCUAGUCAGAGGGGGUUCUCUUGCACUUGGGGUGGGGUGGGGUUGCUGCUGUUUCCCACUCUCUGCUGAGCAACUUCCACAGUGGCCAAAAGGGCUGCCGCCCUUUCUUCCCCUGCAUCUUGCUGGCUUCACCUUUCUUCCUGCUCUCCUGCCCACUUGGUGGGCCUUCACAGGAGUCCUUUGUGACCAGGAGCUGCAACUCUGGGGUUCUGCAGAGGUCCCAUCUUCGGAACUGGCAGUGCUGGCGUGACGCAUGCCCCCAGGUGCCCGCUGCUGUUUCCACUGGCACCCUCAGCUAGCCAGAAGAGCAGUGGUGGAAAAGGCCGGUGUGGUCAAAUGGGCACCUCCUGCCCUUUUCAACUCUUUGGCGUGAGUGCCGGGGCAAGGGCGCCUUACUUGAAACGGCAUGUGUGACUCGGAGGUGUGUGUUUGUGCUCAGGCCGGGCACGGUCCUGUUUCCUCCGUUCAAGAGCUUCCGCUUCCGUGGGGGAGCAGAGGACCACCUUUGGGGCGGGAGAAGCAACAGCAGCCGCAGACCACACGAGAGUGGGAGGCCGAAGCACGAACGGGGUCUUUUCUCAACUCAGCAGUCGGGAUUUCCUUGUGGCCCCCCAGGGCUUUUUUCCUUUGGCAGCAGGAGAAUCAGCCGUGCUCAUUUGGGGGCCUGCUGCACCCUGCAGGGAGGGGCCGUGGUGGUGGGGCGGGGGGAGAAGAGCAGUAGCAGCUUUCUGGGCUCUUUGGCAUUUUCUUUUGUAUAAAUAACAUGUCUUCUUCACCUUAUUUACUCCAAUUUAGAACCAAACGUUUUUUCAGCUCUUUGCUACUUAAAUAAAUGGGCAUUGCAGAUCUAA